GGCGAAGUGGACGUGUCGACGGAUGUGGAAUUUAGUUCUCGUUCACAACGGUAUUGCAAUAUUAACCUACUAUGAAUUCAACUCCAUACAAUGGCGCUUUAGUGUAUCAUAAAUUUCAUAUAUACUAACGCAUACAUAAAUAUCAAAUAUAUCGGCAAAAGCAUUCAUUCAAUUUAUGUAAGUAUGUAUGUGUGCUUGUAUACGUGUAUACCGUAAUAACAAGAUAAUAAGGAUAAGCACAUAAAGCGGAGCAAAAAGAAGAAACAUAACAAAACACACACAUAUGCAAACACAAUAUGGUAAAGCAGUUGUUGUAGAAAGUGUAUUUAAAAAAAAGCAAAUAUUGAACUCAACUGUUGCAGUAAAUGAAUGGAUAUCGGUUGCAGAUUAACUCUGCGACACACGCCAUAAACGUGAAAUGAAAGUUAAUUUGAGAGAACGUGCUGAAUCACACUAUUGGAUUACCGUUUCUUGGUGUGCCUUGGGGGCCAUUGUCAUAGCCGGUAUUGCAGUAAUAUCAUAUUGGAUACGAAGAUGCAGGACAUUACGAGCAAUUUACCGCCAGCUCACAGCGCGGACGAGAUCAUCAUUAGCAACAGCUGCCGGCAGCAGGAGCAGCAGCAAUCGCAGCCGUUAUUGCAGCAAAGUCAUACACAGCCUUCGUCUCAGCUGUUGCUCAUUGAAGAAAAACAACAACAACAACAACUGCUACAGCAGCAGCCAAUACAAAGGCAACAGCAAUCGUGCAAAACCACGCACUCCACAUGCAACACUAACAACACCAACAACACCACCACCACAACAAACAAAACUCCCACCUCUCCCGCAAGCACACCCCAACAACAGCAACAACAACAACCACCACUACAACCAACAACUUACCCAACGAAAACAAUUAGCACACCCAUAUCCAGUGGCACGAACCCCUUUACCACUACACCGGCGCCACUACCACUUCGACAGCAAAAUCAAAAAGUUAUCACAAGAUCACAAUCAUCUAAGGUUAUACAGGAGUUGCAACAAUUGCAUAGCAACAACAACAACAACAUAUAUCAGCAGCAGCUGCAACAACAGCAUAAUCAGCAACAACAUCCUUUACAUCAAUUGAAACAACAACAAUCACUGCCGGCCACUCUACAUCCACCGCCAACAGUAAACGGCAGCCAUCAUUCGCAUCCGCCACCAUCCAAGUCCGUCUCGAUACUCGUCUACAAGACAUUGAAUACGGUCUUCAAGAGUAGUCGCAAGAUUAUUGUGCGCGUUUGUGAAGUAGCCAGCGCUAAGAAAUCAUUCACAAUGUUCAAAUUUAAUAAAGCCGCGGCGCAAAAUCGUGCGGAGAAUCGUGCGAACGCAUGCACUGGUCACGAUCAGUUCGUGCGGCCACCGGUGCCCGAGAAGAAAGUUAAGCACAUAAUGAAGAAAUUACACAAACAAAAUGGACUGAAGCGCUCUAAUUCAGCGAUCGAAUUCGACGUAUCCGCACUGACAGCUGCCAACCGACGACACAUCUACAGCAGCAAUCGAUCAGCGAGUUCGGAACAAGAUAAUUCAGAUCAAUCCGAGCACUCGGAAAAAUCACCAUUGGUUAGCGCGAGGUUAGACAAUCUAGCUAGGCUAUUUUUUAGCAAAUCGAUGCCAGCGGAAACCGGAAGUAGAGAUACCAUAGAUUCUGUGCUAACAACAAGGCCAAAUCUAAAAUAUCAAUACUCAGCAUUGGAUAGUGGCAAUGGUAUUGUGGAGCGUAGUCCACGUGAGCGUGCACAACGUGAACGCGCACUCAACACACUGCAGGAAUGGGUGCAGAAUUCGAAUGGUCGUUAUGAGAUAAUCGCACAUUUGGAUGAGAUUGGCUCGCGACAUGGCAAGAAUUGGUUUCUUGUCACCGAUGCGACGGUGCGCACAGAUCGUCUACUGACACUGUUGCCACUUCCACCGGACUGUGUCGCAUUCGAAGAUUUGCCUGCGAAUGAGAAUCCCAAACCAAUGUUAAUGGAAUUGCUCGGCUCACUGCAUCAUCCAUAUAUUUAUCCGAUAUUGGAUUUGGGUUUUCUACAGCUCGGCUCAAGCAAUUUUGCCUGUCUGGUGACGCCAUUCAAUUCACGCGGCAGCUUAAAGGAUUUAAUUUAUCGGGUAAGCUAUACGCAAUGGAACGAGCCAUGGGCACGCAAAUACACACGCAAGCCGAAUGGUCUGCCCGUCUCACAAGUGCAACGGCUGGGUCGACAAAUCUUGGAGGCGUUGCUGUUUCUGAAAGAACGCGGCUUCCCACUACACGGACAUUUGCAUAGCGGAAAUGUGAUUUUACAAAAUGGCGCCGCCAGAUUAUCCGGCCUAGAGAACGGUCUACUUGGUUUAAGUUCUCGCAUCAACGCUGUUAUGUGGUCACGUUCGACAACGGAAAUUGAAAAUGUUGAUAUCAUUUGUUUCGGUCAUUUGCUAUAUGAAAUGUGUACCGGUCAAGAGAUGACCACACCUAAACCGUCCAUGCGGGUGCUCGAAAUGGAGUUGGAGCACUUCCCACAGAUUUUAGAUGUACUUGGCUUAAUAUUCGAACCGCCCAGCGGUGUAUGCCCCUCCGUCGAAGACUUAGUCUUAUGUGAUCUCUUCAGAAGCAUCGAUUUACGUGAACUUCGUGGCCCCUGCUUUAGCACAAUCAAGCCGAGCCUCAGCAGAUCGACACUUAACUUAUUAUACGCAGUUAAGAAACGACAAUGUGCAUCGCUCGGCAAUUCACUUAGCGAAAUGAGCUCACCAAGCACACCGCCAUCAACACCGCGCGAUGGACGACGUGGCUUUAGUCGAACAAUGGACUCAUUCGACAUAUCCAGCGACUCAGAGGAAGGCCUACUUGAUGAAAUUCUUGUCGAUGGCAGUUAUCAACAGCAGCGCUUGCAGCAGCUGCAGCGCAUGCAAAACUACCAUCAACGUCAGCAUCACUCUUAUCCGCAGCACUACUACGGCCAGUUUAGCGCAUUUUCACAACAACAGCAACACAACCAUCACCAGCAUCAGUAUCAGCAGCAGCAGCAGCAGCAGUACACCGAACGUCAUCACUUUAGUCAAAAUAAACAAUUGGAGUAUGACGCAAUUGAGUCAUCACCCCUGCACUAUUGUGAAAACACCACCACCCAAUCGGAUGACAAUAUCUAUAGUACACAAGAGAGCCAAAAGUCAAUACAACAAUCGCAACAACAACAACAAUUACAACAAAAGCAAAUAGAGUCACCAACACUUAGCAUUACACCCAAGGCACCGCCACCGCCACCACCACUACCACUACCACUACCGCUACCAACAAUACGUUGCAGCUCCAGUAACAAUUUGAAUGCACCAACAUUGGGUUCAAGUGUUGGUCGGUCAACGGGAAGUAGCACAAGUAUUACUUCAACAACCGGUGAUGGUGUCGCUGCUGCCUCCACUUCAGCGUCUGCUACUGCUGCCUCGGCGCCUGCUACGUUUAUUUUGCAAGAAGAUAACAACGACACUGGCGAAAAGACAAUACAGUCAGGUCAAUUGGAGCUUGAAGGCGAUCAGAGUACAUCAAACAAUGACAGUCCGGCUAGUAGUGAUUCAUCAGCACACCAGAUUGACUCAAAUAGCCAAAGUUAUGUGAACGACGAUGUAAAGGCGUCAACAUCAGCAGCUGCUGCCGCGGCCGCAGCGAAUGGGACACAGGUCGGCGGUUCGUUUAACCAUCAGCUAACGGCUGAUAUGUGUAACUAUAAGAAUUCAAAGAGUCGCCGACUCGAGUACUCGCUGAAGUGCUUGAAGUAUGGCCGCAGUAAUCCUUCGCAAGAUUCGGCAUUUGGCUCGUUGACAGACAAUGAUCUCUCAGUUGGCUCAUCUAGCUUUCGCAUAAGUAGCUUUCAAUCUAUUUCUUCACCAAUUGAUGAGGGUGUAGAGGAUGUUAUAAUAGCAACCACAACAGGUGGCAAGGUAACAUGUUUGGAAUUGGCCACAAUACCGAAGAGCAUGGUGUCGCAAGAUUCUGCCAUUUCAUCACCAUGUCGUGAAACGUCGCCAAGUAACUUUUUAAAUAUUGACGAUGGCAUGUCCGGUUCCUAUUCGGGUGCAUCCACUUCGUCCGGCUCUACAGGCAAUAUACGUCCGCAACAAUUUCCCGUCUCGCUUUCGCCUAAAAUACUCGUCACUGCCACCACUAACUCUAGCAAUUCGUCACUUUCUUCAUCUAGCGCCACACUACCACAAGCACAACAAUUCGAUCCACCCAAAAUACUUGUUAACGAUCAAAAUUCUAUUUAUACAACAUCACCCUCGAAACGCAUCGGUACAAUUGAGGUCUUCUCACAGAAAUAUCGCGUCAGCUCCUUUGAAGAUAUGUCACCCAACAAACGUUCUUCUUCCGAUAAGCUUUUGAAGAAUGUCAAUCGUAUGGCAUUCCGUUCACUCGAGGAGGAACGACGCAUUGAUAGUGCUUUUAUGCCAAUUGGGGAUCGCACAAGUUCCGAAAAUCGCGUCAACAUGCAGCGUGAUGAGAAGUACAAGAAGCUGACACAUGCCUCAUUUCGCAUCAGUAAGACCUCAAGCCAGGUAAUUGUCUACGAAAAUACACCCAGUCAAAUUACCAGCACAUCGCCAGUUGGCAAUACGAAUGUCAUAGCAAGCGUUGAAUUGCAGCGCCCGGCUACGGCAUCGGGUUCGAUCAGUAGUCGUCAGACAAUGUGGCGCGAUAGUAAGUUUUAUCGUAAAAAUCGUAUAGCCAAAUCCAAUGAUUCGCUAUUGGAGACCUCACCCAAUCAUUCUGCGCGCUUGUCGCCAUCCUCGUUGCGUGACAAUCACUAUGACAGUAGCUCCUCUUACGGUAGCCGCAGUCAGAGUCGACAAUCGCUAAAUCGUGGUAGUUCAAUAAAUGAAAUAUCCGGUCUAAAUCAGACGUUCGGUGGUAGCAGUGGUGGCGGCAGCGGCAGCGGCGCCGGCGGUAUACACGGUUUGGCGGUAACCACUAGCUUUUGCGGCAAUAUUGGUUCAGCCGGCGCUGGUCGCCGCUACUGUAGUUCGAAGAGUGAAGAUCUCGCUGACUCAAAUGACUAUUUGCGUGUUAUGGAUGCACGUAAAUCGUAUUCGGAACGACAUCUCGUCACAUUAACAAAACUAAAACAAACAGCUAUUAACAAUACAAUGAGCGGUAGUGAGCAAUGCUGCUUCUCUGAGGACGAAAUGAGCUUCUAUGAUGACAAUAAUGUAUACGGUUAUAUGUAUUAUAAUGAACAACAACAAAAACAACAACAACAUCAACAACAUCACCAUCAUAAUCAACAUCACGCUAAACAACAGCAUCGACAGCAGCAACAGCAGCAACAACAACAAAUUCAACAACGCCGUACGCAUUAUAAUCCACAUCAGGCAACCAAGCCAACAAAGCAACAGCAACAGCAACAGCAGCAACAACAAAUACAAACACAUCAAAAACAACAGCAACAAAAACAUCAUCAGCCACAACAGCAAACCAAACGUUCCCACCCAAACCACCUUAGCUGGAGUAGCUGCUCCAUAAAUCGCAUUAGAACGACCAAUAUAAAGACCACAUCUCUGGCUACGCUAUCCUGCCAUCAAAAUUUAGCCUAUUCCACUUCCGCACACUCUCCCAACGCAGCCAAUACGACUGCUGCUUGUACCAUUGAAGCUCUGCCACGGGUCUCACGCAGCGCUAUUUUCAAGUCAGUCGAUCAUUUUGUCAAUUUGACAGAUAAAAGUAGCUGUGGCGACGUUGGUACCGGCAGCGGAGGUAGCGGCACUUGCACUGCCACCGACGAUAAUAGUUCAACCGACGAUUCGCCAACGCAUCAGACUUUGAGCGCUGCUGAAUUGUCGAAAAUUUUCGCAAUGCACGAUGCCCAAAGCAGUCACUGCAGUGAGGAGAAGACACCGCUGUUGGACAGCGUUGAAAUGUCGCCAAUUAGUCCAACUGAGACGGAGGAUUUGGGUGGCGGAGAAAAAAUGUGAUAUACGAAAUUUCAGUAAAUACAUACACGCAUGCACACGCUUAAGAAAACGAAAAACCAAUUUAAGUUAUUUAAUAUAGUAAAAAAGUAAGAAAUAGAAAAAUAUAAGAUAUUCAAAAAUAUGAAAGCGAUACACGCGUUAAAACGGAUAUAGAAAUUUUGUGAGUUAAUAAUGUCAAUACAUGCGCGUUGCCAACUAUACAAAAUAAAAUAAACGUAGAAAAUAUUUUAAAAGUUUAGCAAAAUUUAAAUUUAGUAUGGCAAUCGCUUAAAUAAACAAUGAAGAAGAUGAUUUUUUAGCAACAAAACGUAAAAGCUUUCUUUAUGUCAAUAGAUGAAGCUAGAUUUCGGAGUUGUUUAUGAUUUUUAAAUAAGUUAGUAUUUAUUAAGUCUUUAUAAGCUAAA